CUCUUCCUCCUUGCAGAUCAUCCACCUCGUAAAAACUCCCAACAAGCACCCCACCUGUCAGUUUUAUUCUUUAACCAAGCCAACCUAAAGCCUUAAAAUGAUGCAGAUCAGCAGCGACUCGGCCAGCAACAAGCACUCUCUCAUCAACGUCAUGCACCGCUUCAUAGCAGCCGCCAACAACAUGGACGAGACCAUCAUGGUGCCCAACCUGCUGCGAGACGUGCCUCUGGAGGAGCAGGCCAACGCUGCAGAGGUGGAGACGAACAACAAUCUCGAACUGUCCUGUCCGAACAAGCAGCGGGACAUGUAUGAGCACUACCUGCUCCUCAAGUCCAUAAAGAACGACAUGGAGUGGGGUCUGCUGAAGAGGGAGAUGAGCAGCGGCGCCAGCUUCCUGGAGAUGGCGGUGAAGCAGGAGGAACAGCAGCCGGUCACCGGGAACCUGCCCCUCGACAACAACUCAGACCUGGAGCAUCAGUUUCACUAUCACCUCAGGGGACUGUUUGGAGUGCUGUCCAAGCUCACGCUGCAAGCCGACCACCUCACCAACAGAUACAAGAGAGAAAUCGGAGGAGGAAACUUCAUGAGAUAGAAGUCGCUACUUUUCCUCCUUUGACCUUGUUCCUGUCCUUUUCCCUGCUUGACUUGCACAUGGGCUGUGUUGAGAAGGGUCCAACAUUUCUAUCCAAUAGAUCUCAAUGGACAGUAGACUGACCAGGCUAACCACUUUGUGACUUCUCUCACUCCUGAUUAGCGACACUCCGACUUCCCUUUUUUUUUUUGUUCCCAAACUGACCUGAAGCCAGUGAUACCUGCACAGGUCCCUCUGUCUCAGUGCAGAGGUCGACCCUCAGUGCUCGGUGGAGGUUUCAUUAAAUCAAAGUCCAGAAGAAGCAUAGCUCUGGUUAAUGCAGAAACCUCUCCCCCUCCUUUUUUUUUUUGGUCUUUCAUUUUCAAGUUUAGAGUUAAAUUUGUCACCAGAUUGUGGAGGGAAAAAAAAAAAGGUUUCUGACUGUAGGAGAAAUUGAAUGCUGGUUAUUCUGUCCCUCCUGUACAUUUCUUAUUUUAACGCUGAGCUGAAGGGCUCUCACCCUCAGAGGUUUUAAAUGUUUCCACUUGGUAUUACUGUAACAUGGCGUGCCUUGACUUUUAUAUGCCCUGUUCAGUUACCCUGCCCAAUGUCUGACUGCUUUAAUCGUUCAUGAUGAAAUUGUGCAUUUUUUUUUUUUUUUUUUUUUGUCCUUGGGUAUUUCAAAACCAAUUUUAUAUGAAAAUAAAAUAAAUAAUUUGACUCUU